AUGAAAGAUAUCAACAUUCGCAUAGGUACGCUCAACUGUCGAGGUUUACCCAAAACAGAAGAGCCUGAACGCAGUAAACAAUUCAUACGAUUUCUUCGAUCUCAAUCACUUGAUAUCUUAGCCUUACAGGAAACCCAUGCCGCCUCUGCCGACCUCCAAUCUCGCUUUCAC